AUGGGGAACUCCAGCGCGGUGACUCACUUCACGCUGGGGGCCUUCACCGACCCGGGGCCUUUCCGCUGGCUCUACUUCCUGCUCCUGUUGUCCAUGUACCUUCUCGUCAUCGUGUCCAACCUCCUCCUCGUCGCCGUGAUCUGCCUGAACCGAAGCCUCCACGAGCCCAUGUACCUUCUGCUCUGUGGGCUCUUCGUGAACGAGCUGUGGGGCAGCGCCGCCGUGUUCCCCAUGCUCCUGGUGCAGAUCCUGCGCGAGGUCCACACCGUCACGCUCGCCUUCUGCUUCCUCCAGAUCUUCUUCGGCCACUCGUACGGUUCCAUCGAGUUCGUGACCCUCGCCGUCAUCACGUACGACCGAUACGUGGCGGUGAGCUUCCCGCUGCAGUACCGAGCGCGCAUGACCUUCUCCAAAGUCCUGUUCCUCGUCGUGUUCCCGUGGUUUUACUCGCUCGUCUUGAUUCUGACUUUAGUUCUUUUGACUCGUUCCUUAAACCUGUGCGGCUCGUUCAUCCCCGCGAUCUUCUGUAGUAACUUCUCCGUGGUGAAGCUGGCGUGUUCAGAUAUUUCCCUCCACAACAUCUACGGGCUCCUCAUCACCGUGCUCACCGUCUUCGGGCCCAUGCUCUUCAUGUUCGGGACGUACGUGUGGAUCCUGACCGUGUGCUUCCGUUCUUCCGCUCGGACGCGUCAGAAGGCGCUCAGCACCUGCGCGCCGCACCUGGCCUCCAUCCUCAACUUCUCGUUCGGCGUGUUCUUCGAGGUUCUGCAGAGUCGCUUCGACCUGAGGAGCGUCCCGGCCGUGGUCCGUCUGCUCCUCUCCGUCUACUUCCCCGUGGUCCAGCCGCUCUUCAACCCGUUAAUCUACGGCCUGAAGCUGUCCAAAGUCCGAGCUCAGUGUGUGCGGCUGCUGCGCCUGAUCUGUGGCCCUCAGGAGACCUUCCAGAAGAAACACCAGAAGAAACACCAGAAGAAACACCAGAAGAAACACCAGCCCAACAGAGUCAACCAAGACGACAACAUGACCGACGUUUGUGGUUUGAUUCUCUGGAGUUUCUCGAGCCUCCUGCAGGUCGACAAAUCAAAGACUCUGAGGGACGUUUAA